GGGGAGACGGUCCCAAGAUGGCGGCGCUGCAGGCGGAGCGCGGGUACGGGCUGUCCUGCGGCCGGCUGGGCCGCGGCACCCGCGUCUCCGUCUUCCACGUGAAGCUGACGGAGAGCGCCCUGCGCGCCUUCGAGAGCUACCAGGCGUGUAAGGAUACUGUGACUUCAAAACCGGUAAUCCAGUUUCAAGGAAGCCAAGGGCACAUCGCGAUUCCCAGGCCGGACCGCCCAACCGAAGUGCGGACUUUCACGUUCUAUCUCUCCAACAUUGGCAAGGACAGCCCCCAGGGCAGCUUUGACUGCAUCCAGCAGUACGUAUCCAGCAAUGGCAACAUCCACCUGGAUUGCCUGGGGAGCAUACAGGAUAAGAUCACUGUGUGUGCCACGGACGACUCGUACCAGAAGGCACGGCAGAGCAUGGCGCAGGCGGAGGAGGAGACGCGCAGCCGGAGUGCCAUUGUCAUUAAGCCUGGGGGCAGAUACGUAGGCAAAAAGGUCCAGGUCCGUAAGCCUGCACCAGGAGCUUCCGAUGCCGUUCCCUCCAGGAAGCGCCCGACGCCAGUCAACCUUGCCAGUGCAAUAAAGAGAGGCAAUAGCGCCAUUUCUCAGAGACCCUUCAAAGAUAGGGUUGUGCACUUACUGGCACUAAAGCCUUAUAAGAAACCUGAGCUUAUUCUCAGAUUGCAAAAGGAUGGACUUUCUCAGCAGGACAAGGAUUUGCUGGACAACCUCCUGCAGCAGGUGGCAAAUCUGAGUGCCAAGGACAGCACUUUCACACUGAAAGACUGUGUCUACAAAGAGGUGCAGAAGGACUGGCCUGGCUAUUCCGAAGGAGACCAGCAGCUGCUGAAGAGGAUUCUUGUCCGGAAACUCUGUCAGCCCCAGAACAGCAGUGGGUUUCAAGGAGAAGCGCCUUCCCUGAGUCCACCAAAAGACACCGCCAACUCCAGCUCUCCUCCGCAGAAACGCUCCCAACCGCUGGAGUUCAUCGAUCCCUUGGCCAACAAGAAGCCCCGGAUCUCACAUCUGGCUCACCGAGCUCAGCCCACCUUCAACGGGAAGCUGAACGCCAACGGGAAGGACGUCCCCAUCCCCGUCCCCUCUGCCGCGCUGCCGCCGGCGCUGCCGGAGUCGGUGAGCUCCUCCAGCUCCAGCCUCCCGGAGCUGCCCCGGCCCCACGACCCGCUGGCCGACGUCAGCAACGACCUGAGCCACAACGGCAGAGACUGCGAGGGCACGGAGCCGGCCGACAGGCUGAGCCUCCCCGCGCCCACAGACUGUGCGCAGACGAGCAAACACAAUUGCGGCUCGUACGUAAAAAGCAAGAAAAAAUCCAAAAAGCACAAAGACAAAGAGAAGGAGAGGAAGGAGAAGAAGAGCGAAGAGAAGUGCAAAGAGGAGAAGCAGGACUGUGAAGUAAUAAAAAAUGCUGACUUAGUUAGUGAGCCGCAGGAUGCGCCAGGUUUAAAUGGGACAUGCAAUAACUCCAGUGUACCAACAUCAACUUCGGACAUGCCAGAUUAUUUAUUAAAAUACGCAGCCAUUUCCUCUUCGGAGCAGCGUCAGAGUUACAAAAACGACUUCAAUGCAGAAUACAAUGAGUACAGAGAUCUGCACGCCCGGAUAGAGAGGAUAACGCGGCGAUUCACGCAGUUGGACUCCAAGCUGAAGCAGCUCUUGCAGGGCUCUGAGGAAUACAAGACCAUCCACGAUCAAAUUUUACAAGAAUAUCGGAAAAUUAAAAAGACCAACCCCAACUACAGCCAAGAGAAGAACCGCUGCGAAUACCUCCACAACAAACUGGCCCACAUCAAAAAACUGAUAGCAGAGUACGACCAGCAGCAGUUCUGAGCGGUGGGACGCAGCGCGGGGGCGCGGGGCUGUGCUGGGCGCUGCCAUCCCUUCUGUUCCACUCACAGCUGAGCAUCAGUUCCUCGUGGCUGCAGAGCUGGGGGCUGCUGGGGGGGCACUUGGCCUGCUCUGCUCUCGGCCUCUCCAAACACCGGAAUGCGACCGACGAAACUCUGCUUAUUUCAAGACACUUAAGGGAAAUAAAUGGCCUAAAGCACCCGGAGCUCCCAAAGCUUAAAAAUCAGUAGUUUUCACGGAUUAAGGUUUGCCAUGAAGUGUAAUCGCCCCCUGGCCCUGCUCUGCUGGGUUACAGACGGUCCUUCUGCCGGCGAGGAGAUGGGAUGCUGGGAUGCUGCUGGGGCCCCUCCGCCACCUGCGACUGUUCUGUGUGAGCUGUGAGCUCCCAACGCCCCCAGAGCCGCCCCCGCGCUGUGCUCCCAUUGCAGUGGCUGUGUGGGGACGGACAGACGGACGGAUGGGGCUUUGUGUGUCCCCCCAUUCCCCCCCCUCCCAGCCAUGGCACUGCUGGGGCCGCGGCCCACCGCCCGCCUUUGACUUUUGUAGUUUUGUACCGAGGGCGGCCGAUUUUCUGACUCGCUGCUGAGACUGUGGUCUAUUUUUGUAUGGAAAAACAAAACCAGAAAAAGGAAAAAAAGAAAGAAAGGAAAAAAAAAAAAGAUAAAAAAAAAAAGAUAAAAGGUAAAAAACAAACAAACAAAAAAACACAAAAAAAACCAACCAAAAAAGCCCCCAACCAUCCCCUGCUCUCCUGCAGCCCUCCCUGCUGUUACACUCAGCAGUUCAGAGCCUUUCCCCUCUGCUGCAGCCGCUGCUGGGACGGACCGCAGCGUGGGAGCGGUGGGGCCGCGCGUUCCCAGUGGGGCGGCUCCGGCCCGGCUCCUCCCCGGCCUUUUCUUCUCCGGUUUUUCUUUCUUUUUCUUAAUUUGGACUCGAAGGGAACAUUGCAGAGCCCGGCCCGGGCGCCAGGAAGAUGCCAAAAAGCACAAAGGUGCCCUUUGAAUGCCGCCGUUCCUUUCUGCCCCAUCCCACAGCGCCUUCAGCCCCGGGGGGAGCAGAGCAAAGGAGGGAAGCUCUGCUUUUCCCGAGCAGCUCUUCCUAUUUUCCCACCUUCCCCCCUCCUUCCUAAACUACCGAAUGGGUCCAUCUGCUCUACCAAACCCAAUGGUACCAAUUCCAUUCUGGUUGGAUGCUUUGUGCCUCCCGAGAUGCUCCGGGUGGGAGCGGCACCAAAACAACCACAGCACCAACAGAGCCACCACAGCACCAACAGAGCCACCACAGCACCACCACAGCGCCGCGGCCGAACCCUCCAUGGAAACACUUCUGAUCCCUCACAGUUGCAGUGGGGGUGGUUGGGGUCCUUUUUUUUGGCUUCUUGGGGUCGGGGGGGGUGGGGGGGGCGGGGAUAGAGACGGAUCCCCGAUCUUUCUACAUCCGCUAUGAGAUAUUUUUGCAAACAGAGUUGUAUACGAAGAUGUAUUGUGUACAUUGACAUGUAUAUUCUGGAACUUCUAAAAACAAAUUUGAAUAUAAACAAAAAAAACAAAACAAAACAAAAAAAAAACCUGAAAAUAUUUAAUGAAUAUCCAAACUGUGAGACCCAAUUAGCAGCCAACGACUUCUCCGCUUCACUUUUCUUUCGGACUGCGUUAAAGGGCCGUAGUCGGAUCUGCCUUUUUGUUCUCCCUUUUAGAGAUGAGGCCGCUGGGCCAGGGCGAACCCCGCGCUUUUUGGGUGAAUAGAAACCAGUUUAGGUGAUUAAGUAUGAUCUUAACUUAUUGAUACUGUGUUUUACUUUGUAAUAUUGUACUGUGGAUAAAACUAUAUUGAGCCAUGGAGUUGGAGUUUACAAAGACAAAAAAAAACAAAAAAGAGAGCUUUUCACUUUGCCAAAACGUUACAAUUUAAAGGCAGCAUCGUCUUCAGCUUUCCUAAUCUUUUCUUAAGAGCUCCAGUGUCUUUUUUGUACACUAAAAAAGCUGAAUGCUGAUUUUGCAACAUAUAAUAAAUUCACUGUAUUGGGAAACGAG